AUGGACAAGAUUUUCAAGGAGCUGGGCAUCCGUAACCCCUCUCACUUUCUUUUCUCAAAGACGGAACUGAAAGCUAACACGGGUCGUCCCUUUCACAAGGGCCAAGCGCCUGGAGUCCCGACGGGAGUCUGGAGCUCAAGUGUGGACUCGCAGCUUUCACGAUCCGCAGCCGCCAAACCGCUGGCCACAUUUUUCACGAUGCCGCCCCUAAAAGGCUCCAUUCCGCCCCGAAACGGCAAUGGUCCAUUUGUAACGUGCACCCAAGCCAAAAACCUUAACCAACGUCUGCCGAAAACAUGGGGUGGAAGCACAGGCCACUCACUUUGGUUUCUCUCCCGUCUUCUUCCCGGUAUUCGAUCAAGUUUGUUGUGCUUCGAGAUGCUCGGCCACUCGAUAACCAUAAGCUUCAAUAUCGACAUGACUGAGAUCAAGGAUACCAUCAAGGCCAAGACAUACCGCCACAGUUUUAGCUCGCCUCUUUGCCUCGGGCCUGUUCUUGUGGCUCCUCCGCUACGAGUAAGGCACCACAGCUUCGAGACACACAAAUAUAACCCUGUUCACCGUAUCCUCAGACCCGACAGGCUUGCCACGCGGCUAUCAGUCGUGAUGCAGGGCGCCACGCAUGAACCGUCGACAACCUUAGGUUCGUCAAGCGCCGUUGACUUCUUGGAUAGGGACAGUGUUUCCGUCGUUGUCGAAACCCCGUCCGCAAAUUUCCAUUACUUUCAUGGAGGUUUCCAUCGCUGCAGGACGGUCUUGCGAGCACGAGCACAGAAGCACAUGAAGAGCCGAUAUUGGUAUUCGCUCACGUUGUUGCAUUCGCCUGGUAGGCUAGUCGUUAUUGCCAUGCAGCUCUGCAACCUACCCUCACCGGUUGUCCACCGCUUCACUUGUCUCGCUGCGGGACAGACAGUGAAUGCGUGGCAAGCAAUCCAGACAGCUUCUCGAUAA